GGCAGCGUGCGGGCCUGAAUCCCUCUUCAACCUUCCGGAGGGGCACCUUCAAGUAGCUCCGCGGUGCAACUGGCAGCGGCGUCCUCAGCUGAAGAGACGUGGAAGUAACUCAGACCAGAAAACAUGUCGUUCCUGACGUUCAGCCGCCUGGCGCCCAAACUCCUCAGCCCCAAGAAUGCCAACUUCCUUGUGGCAGCCAGAAAUGCCAGCGCAUCAACAACAAAUCUGAAGGAUAUUCUGGCAGAUCUCAUCCCCAAAGAACAGACCAGGAUCAAGAACUUCAAACAACAGCAUGGCAAAACCAACAUAGGACAGGUUACUGUUGACAUGGUCUAUGGAGGUAUGAGGGGGAUGAAGGGUCUGGUUUACGAGACCUCUGUUUUGGAUCCUGAUGAGGGCAUCCGUUUCCGGGGCUAUAGCAUUCCAGAGUGUCAGCAGUUGCUGCCUAAAGCUCCAGGAGGUGAGGAGCCACUGCCCGAGGGCCUCUUCUGGCUGUUGAUCACUGGGCAGGUGCCCACCGAGGAGCAGGUGAGCUGGGUGUCCAAAGAGUGGGCGAAGAGAGCAGCACUUCCCUCUCACGUCGUCACCAUGUUGGACAACUUCCCCACAAACCUGCACCCCAUGUCUCAGUUCAGUGCUGCCAUCACAGCUCUGAACAGCGAGAGCAGCUUUGCACGGGCUUACUCUGAGGGCGUCCACAAGACCAAGUACUGGGAGUUUGUCUAUGAAGACUCCAUGGACUUGAUCGCCAAGCUGCCCUGCAUUGCUGCCAAGAUCUAUCGCAACCUGUACCGCGAAGGCAGCAGUAUCGGAGCCAUCGACUCCAACCUGGACUGGUCCCACAACUUCUCCAACAUGCUGGGCUACAGUGACACCCAGUUCACUGAGCUAAUGAGACUCUACCUCACCAUCCACAGUGAUCAUGAAGGAGGCAAUGUCAGUGCCCACACCAGCCACUUGGUGGGCAGUGCUCUGUCUGACCCCUACCUGUCCUUCAGCGCCGCCAUGAAUGGUCUGGCUGGGCCUCUGCACGGGCUGGCCAAUCAGGAGGUGCUGGUGUGGCUGACUGCUCUGCAGAAGGAGAUGGGAGGAGAGGUGUCUGAUGAGCAGAUGAGGGAUUACAUCUGGAACACACUCAAAUCUGGAAGGGUGGUGCCAGGCUAUGGUCAUGCUGUCCUGAGGAAGACGGACCCACGUUACGCCUGCCAGCGUGAAUUUGCCCUGAAGCAUCUGCCCAACGACCCCAUGUUCAAACUGGUCGCCCAGCUUUACAAGAUUGUCCCCAAUGUGCUGCUGGAGCAGGGUAAGGCCAAGAACCCCUGGCCCAACGUGGAUGCUCACAGUGGAGUGCUGCUGCAGUACUAUGGAAUGACUGAGAUGAAUUACUACACGGUGCUCUUCGGAGUGUCCCGAGCCCUCGGCGUGUUGGCUCAGCUGGUGUGGAGUAGAGCCCUGGGCUUCCCCUUGGAGCGCCCCAAGUCCAUGAGCACGGAUGGUCUGAUGAAACUGGUGGGAGUCAAGUCAGGCUGAAGAACCACCUGAAAGGAGCCGGGGGUUAGUGUAAAGGGUGGGAGGAGGUGGAAAUAUCGAAAAAAAGGCAGACAUAAGUUGACCCCCUGUCAUUUCCAACCCCAGGGAUUCAAUGGGAUUCAAAGAGACAGUACGCUUUUAAUGUCAUUUCACAAAAGAAGGGCCUUUUAACUCGUCUCACAGUUAGUGUUUGAGUGUAUUUAGUUAACCCCUGAGAGGUCUUCCCCACCGUGCCUCCAUAUUUGGAACACGUAAGGUGAAGGCUUCAGUCACAUGUAACCCAUAGUCGGCUCAAACUAUGUACUAUUCUAAGUCUGCUAGCAUUGCUAAGAUUUUCCCCUUUGCAGUGCCCACGCAUUUGUCAUUGAGCACCUUGUGGGUCUGAACUAUGAAUAGGCAGUGGCAUUCAAAGGGAAUUGUGGGAGUGAACUACACUUCGUUUAUAUGUGUUCAAAAGUUAAAAUACCCGACUCAACCUUUUGUUGCUUCUGGCUAAUGCAGUGAUUUGUUUUAGAGGACGUCCCAAAGAAUAAUCUGUCCCCCCCCCGCCCCUAAAUACGACUCAACUUAGUUUUUCCUUCUAUGCAAUGUUCCCAGAUGCCAUCCCAGCCGGUCUAUUAACACGCUUCACUCCUGUAUAUGAACACUCCAGUUUAGACAAAAAGGUCCUCACAAGUAAAGUUAACGAGCUGGGCGGGUUGAUAAGUUCAUGGCCUAAGGAUGGAGGAGUCCAUUUCAUUAAAACCUCUCGGAUCCCUUCUUUGUGGUCAACGACCUCCAGCGUGGUGACGGUGACUGGCCUCCAGGGAUGGCGUUGGUCCUCCAGGCUCCUUGCCACGCUUUACCAGGAUGUAAGAAGGGGCCACGUGUCCUCCAGGACCUCUUUAGGUGACAGGUCCUUGAGAUGAGGUACAGUGGCUGAUGGGCCAUUUUCAAUCAACCAAAACAGAAACUCCGAAAAUGUUGGUAGCUUCAAACUUUUGUGUAUAGUCUCUCAAAGAACUAAACCGCUCUUGCAUCUAACCAGAGAACUCGUCUCCUUCCACCUUAGGCCAUGGACUUAUCAACCCCCCCCUAGCUAGCCAACCUUCAAAAACACCAAUAUCAGUUUAAAGUUACUGCCCCUUUCAAUCUUACGUCUCCUCUCACCAACUCUAGUGGUUUUUUCUUUUUAAUGAUGACCUGUAUUUCCCUCUAUGAUCAAAAUAACUGUCUUGUCCAUUUUUUCGUAGGUAAGCUUUCGUGGUUUUAACGGGUCUCUGCGCAAAUGGACCCGGGUAGAGAAUCCAGAAUAAUGUACAGUAAUCAUGAUGAUGAAGUUCUGAGCAGAGGGUGUUGUAAGUGACAGCCUGUUGUGAAUCCUUAAGAGCAAGCUUGACUGAAAAGUGGGAUCCGGGGACACUGAGGUCCUGUCUCGUCUGAGUGUAUGUUUGUUAAAUCCCCACAGGAGAGCGCUUUAAACAUCAAAUACUCCAAAAUGAGCACUUGCUUGAUAGGAUUUCCUUAUUCUAGACGUAGACCCCCCCCCUCCCUGGUUGAUUGUACCCCUCUCUUCAGAGGUUUUUUGGGUGUUGAAUAUGUAUGAAACUAUAAUCUUUGGGUUCUCAUUUUGUGGUUUUAUUUAUACUUUGUGUACAUAGUUAUAUGUAUAUGUAUAGCUUGAAUGUAUGAGCUCGAUCACGUGCUUGUUAUAGCCACAAAGAUUACCAUAGUUGAUCCACAGUGUCCUUCAGGGUCACUGUGAAAACUUAACAAACGAACAAAAAGAAAACUGCAGCUAUCUUGUAUGCAUAUAAUUUCUUGCCUAGCUCAGGGGGCCGAGCCGGUGCUGUUUAGUUCAAUAAUUUCCACUUCAGUGUUUCAAGCUUGCUCUUAAGCUCUGGGUUUGUCAGCACUCCAAUUUUCUUUUUUUUGUAGUUUAAAGUUCUUGGAUCCUUGUUAAUUUCCUUCCCCCUCAAACUGCUCAUGCCGCGUGUUAGUCGAUCGCUCGUUCAGAUGCGUGAGUCUCUCUGCCGCCAUCCUCUCGGCUUCAUCGGGUGUGUUCAGUGUUUGGUCGUGGUGUUCUUCUGUGUGUUGGGUCGUUCAAGAGAUGAGGUUAUUUUGAUCGUAGAGGAGCAUGUAGAGGUUGAACAUGAUAACGGUGAAUUCACAGCAGAUGGAUUCACGAAAGAGAAACACUGUGGGGGAUGGGGCUGGACGGGUCAAUGGGAGAGAAAAGCUUGAAGAGCAAAUAUUGGAAAACCUGACAAAAAAAUGAAAAAUAAAGGUUUUUAUUAACACUU